UAGGAAUACAACAUAUAUCGCUGAGCUCAGUAGCGCGAGCUUGUAACCCGAGCGGGGGCAACAAGGUGGUUGGACAUUAACUCGAUCCGACGGAUAGGGUCUGUUGAGGCUUGAUUUGGUUCGCCCGUUCCAAGUAAGGAGUUGGGCCACGCGACUCGGGUGAAGGCUCGGGUUUCAUGGUCCUUAGAGUGGAGGUCACCAGGUCAGGCUGGUUUCACAGAGCAGCGACAACCUCCCGCUCCCGUCGGUGGAAGGAUAACGAAUCGGUGCCUCGCUAUCCCACUGAUGCCUUAGGAGCCGAGUUUAAUCGGACGGCCGCCUUUUUCUUUCUCUUCCGAGGGUUUUUUCCUCAGGUUUAAAGUCUUGAUCAGGUCAAAUUCGCGUUUUUCGGUUCAGAAUGGAAAAUGGCAAAAGGGUUGGAAGAAGUUCUUACAGACGAGGAUCGACGGGCGCUGAGGGGAAGCAAAUUUGUGCUUUUGCCAUUAUCACCGCCUCCGUCACGAACUCAGCCCAGUUCUAUAAUAGUUCAUUACUCUAAGUAUUGAAUUGGGUGUCUUUCAAUGCUUCAAGAAUGACGAACAUCAUUACUCGAUGGAAGCAUCCCUUCGGGCAUCAUCGAUGCUUACAAUUUCUAUGGUGUAGAGCCGUGGAAUCUCCCUAGAGCUGAUAAGCUGGUAAUGGGUGUGAACCAAGAAGGUAAAAAGUGCAAUGAAGCUUUGUAUUUCUUUGUUUCGUUGAAAAGGAAGUGCGCGAAUGGAUGUAGACCCGAUCAUCGAGCCGGUGAUGGAUUCUGAAAGGCUAGUUUCGGGGACUCCUAUGUUAAGGAUGUCAGGGGAAAGGUAGUGGGUCACACCAAAACUUUAGUGUAUUAUCAGUACAAAAAGAAAGGCGGUUGAUCUUGUAAAGAUGCUUCAAAGACAGAUUGGAUUAUGCAUGAAUUUUUACUUUUGAAUCGUCCUGGACAGGCUAAACAGUUCCAUCAAUGGAUACUCUGCAAGAUCGCUAAGAUCGGAAAAUUAUCUUAUGAUUCUCAAAACCCAGAUGGUAACAAUAUAAUGGGUAAUGCUGGCCAAAACUGGCACCAAUUGCUAACCCAAUGGCUUCUCAAAUUGCUCAUUUUAUCCAUGCCCACAAGUUGCGGACCCAAUGGCUUCUCAAAUUAUUAACCGCUCAUUUUAUCCAUGCCCACCGGUUGCUGACCCAGUGCCUUCUCAAAUUAAUAAGUACUCAUUGUAUCCAUGCCCACCAGUUGCUGACCUAGUGCCUUCUCAAAUUAAUAAGUACUCAUUAUAUCCAUGCCCACCAGUUGCUUGUCCAAUAGUUUCUGACAUUAGUAACUCCACGGAACACUACCCGUGCUUAUCAGAUGCUGAUGACAUGCAAACUUCUUAUAUUGUUAAUGACAUUGAAGGUUACUCAUGUUUGUACAGAGGUUUAUCAAAUCUUAACAUCACAGUUCCUGAUAAUAUUCAAGAAUCCAUCUCUUCAAUCUCACAAGGAACACUGUCUAACAACUACUGUCCCACAACAGUUCAUCAACUCCAAGAAUCAUUACAUCACUUGGAUGCAUUUGGAAAUCUCUCCAUCUAUGAGGUAGGUUCCUCCAGCUCCUCUGAUCCAUCAGUAGCAGGAGAUGUUGGAUUAGCAAUCCAGGGAGCAAGCAAUGUUACCAUGUAUGCACCAUCAUCCUUUAUUGCACAAUCAACAACGUCAUUGCCUUCUGGUGCCAAUGAAUCACGUUCAACUUUACCAUCAUCAACAACAACAAUAUGUGCAGCAACACAAGAUACAGAACUUGAACUAUCAUAGUCGGAUUGGUUUGAUAUUUUGUUUGGGGACUGAUCAUUGUUUAAGUAAUUCUUUGACAUUACAUUAGGAUAGCAAAACUUGUGUACGUAAAUUCCCUUAUUUAUUUAUUUUUCUCUUCUAUUAAUUUUUUCAA